AUGUCUGGAAGAAAAACUGUCCUUGUCACUGGUGGCACUGGAUACAUUGGGUCACAUACGGUGGUUGAGUUAUAUGAGAAUGGCUACGAUUGCAUUCUUGUUGACAAUCUGCACAACUCUUCUUCCCAGUUAGUUGCUAAUUUGGAGACCUUGGUAGGAGAACCUAUCAAAUUUUACCAGACGGAUUUAUGCGAUAAGAAAGGUUUAGAGCAGGUUUUCAGAGAGAAUAGAAUCGAUUCGGUGAUUCACUUUGCAAGUUUGAAGGCGGUGGGCGAGUCCGCAAAAGUCCCAUUGAGGUACUACCGCAAGAAUAUCCUAGCGGCUUUGAAUUUAUUAGAGCUUAUGGAGCAAUACGAGGUUAAAAUAUUGGUCUUUGCUUCCUCUGCCACUGUGUAUGGGGAUGCGACGAAACAACCAGGGAUGAUUCCAAUUCCGGAAACUUGUCCAUUGGGGCCAACCAAUCCUUACGGGAGCACAAAAGUCAUAAUUGAAAAACUUCUGCAUGAUCUACACAUUUCAGAUGAGAAGCUCUGGAAAUUCGCCAUCUUAAGGUACUUCAAUCCAAUUGGCGCGCAUCCAUCAGGUUUGAUUGGUGAAGAUCCAUCGGGUGUUCCAAAUAAUUUAGUACCGUACAUGGCACAAGUUGCCAGUGGGAAGAUAGAAAAAUUGAGAAUUUUCGGUAAUGAUUAUGACACAAGGGACGGUACUGCAAUUAGAGACUAUGUUCAUGUGGUGGAUUUAGCAAAAGGUCAUGUUGCAGCUUUAAGAUAUUUAGAAAAAAAAGAUGACGAAAAUGAGGGUAUCUGUCGAGAAUGGAAUUUAGGUUCAGGCACGGGCUCUACUGUUUUAGAAGUUUACAAUGCCUUUUGUAAGGCUUAUGGUAAAGAAAUCCCAUAUGAAAUUGUUGGUAGAAGGGAUGGAGAUGUCAUUAAUUUGACUGCAAAAAUAGACAGGGCCGUAAAAGAAUUAAAUUGGAAGCCUCAAUUGGACGUUGCUGAUGCAUGUGAAAGUUUAUGUAGAUAA